AUGACGAUUGCUGCUGUUAACUAUUCAGCCAGUACGUCGGCAAGUAGCAAACAGUGUCAUUUGUUGCCGAUGAUACACAUCUUUAGCAUGAUAGCCGUUAAUUUUUUGUCUACAGUUAUUGGCACUGUUGGUAACGUGUUGGUGAUCAGUACAGUUUCUAGGAAUGUCAGUCUACAAACAAUUUCAAAUUUCUGGUUGGUGAGCAUGGCUGUAGCUGAUUUACUUGUGACCGCCCUUGGACAUCCUCUUUUAUCAGUCUUCUUAGGUCUUCAACUGAGAGGCGAUUGCAACGAAACUGUGUCUCAAGCGUUUCGUUUAAUCGCCAACUUGUCAUGCUCCGCAUCUAUUCUUCAUUUGUGCUUCAUCAGCAUCGACCGCUGCUUGGUUAUCUUACGGCCUUACGAUUUCAGAAAGAUUCGAACAAAAAAGCGCUUCAAGAUAGCGCUGGCGAUCGCAUGGACACUACCCGCCGUCUACGGCGUGUUACGCUUGACGGUCAGCAAGACAGCAACGUCUUAUUUCACGGUUGUUGCCGUUGGUCUUUGCUACAUCGCGAUAAUCAUUUGCUACUUUCUAAUCGUACUCAAAGUCACAGAACACGGCUCAGAGAUGCUCAAACGUUUCCCUAGUCAAACUGGGAAGAGGGGAGUUUCUAAAUACCUUGUAGAACGUCGUGUGACUGUCACUAUAGCGAUCGUAGUUGUUAUUUUUACAAUAUGCUGGUUUCCUCUUCUGUAUUUACGCUCCGCGUUUGCUGAAGAAAACUUUGGUAUGCUUUAUAACUGGGCAAGGACUCUAGCGCUAACUAAUUCAUGUAUAAAUCCGUGGAUUUAUUGUUUCAGAAUAGCUGAGUUUCGUGAAUCUUACAAAGGACUGUUAAGGUGUCAAUUGAAAUCCGUGUGCAAUGGAAAAGAUGAGGGUCGCCAACACGAAGCAAACACCGGCCAAUCAAGCGAAUCGGAAACAGCUUAUGAAGGUGCUGUGGCUGCUGUCGUGUAACGAUUAGUUUGAGUUGCACAACCUUUUCUAGCUAAGGAAAAUAGCAUUCCCUUAAUUGUUUAUUUUAGUUGUUGUUUUUAAUUGUGCUCUCUUGUAAGCCGACUUAACCGAAAUAGUUAUUUCGCGAACUUGAUAAUCUUUAAAUAAAUCGGGGAAUGAUGCUUUUGUGGUUGGUUUCUUUAACAAAAUCCGCCACAACCAGUUCCAAAAAACAAUGCUUUAAAACCCAAAGUGGUGUUAUUCAGACUUCACACAAUUACCUGCCCCCUCCUUUGCAUGUUAAACCAAAAUUGUAAGGACACAGCAUAUUUAUCAUAUCUGAAAUUCACGGAUUUUCAAGAAACCCAGGAAGUUUAAAAGCAUUUAUAGGGUGCUGUACAGUACCGCAAAUGAUCCCCCAAAAUGGCCC